AUUCAUAUUCUUAAGUGGUAAACCUUGCAGUUUACUUUUAACAUAAAAAUUUAAGUGUCGUUCAUAAUUUAUAAAUUCCAAGAUAUUUCUUCCGUCUAAUAUGGAUUUCAAAACCGCAUUUUUCCUGUCAUAUAUUACAGGAUUUGUUAUUCUCACAAUGACUACAGGUGUUAGGUGUGCACCUGUACAAGCUAAUACUGACGGCAGUGGAAAAAGAUUAGUUGGUUCUACCUAUAAUCCAAAGAUAAUUCAUAAUAAUGCGGGAACCUUCGUAGACGGGAAAAAAAAGGCAGUAGAUACAAAAGAAGGUUUUACUUAUGGUCCAAAAAUUAAUAUUGGUAAUGAUGGAGCCGUGAUCGACGAUCCAUUGAAUGCAGCUGAUACUGAGAGUAGUGGGGAAAUAUCAGAAGAUGUCAAAAAACGUCCAUUAGGUGCAGCUAAUACUGACGGCAGUAGGCAAACCUCAGUGCAACAAACUGGAUUGAAUAACGAAAAUGUGCCGAAUCAACCUGUAAAUAUAGGAGUGAUUAGCGCUAUAAAGAGAUUUAUUGGUUGGUUGAAAAAUUGCGGUGCUAGAGGAAAAGAGAAUCCAGCUCAUCUUUAAGGUGAGUAGAUGCUGAGUAAUAGGAUUGUUGGAAAAUUCGUUAAUUCACACAUUAAAUAAAACUGUCAAGUUAUGACAAUAAAAUAUAUUCUAUUUUA